UCAGAUCAGGGACCUGUACCUCAGGGAAUACGGGGAUGGCUGCAGAGGCAUCUGGUAUUGUCCUUCUGCCACUGUCUUAAAAGGGAUUCUGCAGGGAUUUUCUUUCCCUUGUUCCUCCAGCCCUACACUUGCAUUACUGGCCUCGGUGGAUAUGCACCAGCUGGCCGUGUCCAUCAUUACAGCCAAGUCUGAGAAUUCCUGAUUAUACUUAGAGCCUGUGGAGCUGUUGAGACAAACAGUCAUUAGCAGACGACCCUUUUGUAACAAACUACGCCUUAAAAUGUAAACUGGGGGCAGGGGGCAUUUUCCUCGUGUUCUCCAGCAAGAACUUUCUCCUGCUGAGUGAGCCUGGAUUAACCAUGAGAGAACUUGUCAACAUUCCACUGGUACAUAUUCUGACUUUGGUUGCCUUCAGCGGGACUGAGAAACUUCCAAAAGCUCCUGUCAUCACCACUCCUCUGGAAACAGUGGAUGCCUUAGUGGAAGAAGUGGCUACUUUCAUGUGUGCUGUGGAAUCUUAUCCCCAGCCUGAAAUUUCCUGGACCAGAAAUAAAAUUCUCAUUAAGCUCUUUGACACCCGGUACAGCAUUCGGGAGAAUGGGCAGCUCCUCACCAUCCUGAGCGUGGAGGACAGUGAUGAUGGCAUCUACUGCUGCAUAGCCAACAAUGGCGUGGGAGGAGCUGCAGAGAGUUGUGGGGCUCUGCAAGUGAAGAUGAAACCUAAGAUAACUCGUCCUCCCAUAAAUGUAAAAAUAAUAGAAGGAUUAAAGGCAGUUCUACCAUGUACUACCAUGGGCAACCCCAAACCCUCAGUAUCGUGGAUUAAGGGGGACAGUGCUCUCAGGGAAAAUUCCCGCAUUGCAGUUCUUGAAUCUGGGAGUUUAAGGAUUCAUAAUGUGCAAAAGGAAGAUGCUGGACAUUAUCGAUGUGUGGCAAAAAACAGCCUCGGGAUGGCAUAUUCUAAGCUGGUGAAGCUGGAAGUUGAGGAAGAAACUGAACCCGAGCAAGAUACUAAAGUUUUUGCCAGAAUCCUGCGGGCUCCUGCAUCCCACAAUGUCACCUUUGGCUCCUUUGUGACCCUGCGUUGUACAGCAACAGGCAUGCCUGUUCCCACCAUCACCUGGAUUGAAAACGGAAAUGCUGUUUCUUCCGGGACCAUUCAAGAAAGUGUGAAAGACCGAGUGAUUGACUCAAAACUGCAGCUGUUCAUCACCAAGCCAGGACUCUACACGUGCAUAGCUAUGAAUAAGCAUGGCGAGAAAUUCAGUACUGCAAAGGCUGCAGCCACCAUCAGUAUAGCAGAAUGGAGCAAAUCACAGAAAGAGAACAAAGGCUACUGUGCCCAGUACAGAGGGGAAGUGUGUAAUGCUGUCCUGGCAAAAGAUGCUCUUGUUUUCUUCAACAACUCCUACGCAGAUCCUGAGGAGGCCCAAGAACUACUGGUCCACACGGCCUGGAAUGAACUGAAGGCAGUGAGCCCAUUCUGCCGGCCAGCUGCCGAAGCUUUGCUGUGCAACCACAUCUUCCAGGAAUGCAACCCUGGAGUAGUACCUAGUUCUACACCCAUUUGCAGAGAAUACUGCCUUGCAGUCAAGGAGCUCUUCUGUGUGAAAGAAUGGCUGGCGAUGGAAGAAAAGACCCACAGAGAACUCUACAGAUCUGGGAUACAUCUGUUCUCCCUGCUGGAAUGUCACAAGCUCCCCAGCAUGCACUGGGGCCCCAUGGCCUGUACCAGACUGCCAUAUUUAGAUUAUAAAAAAGAAAACCUAACAACAUUCCCACCAAUGACGUCUUCAAAGCCAAGUGCAGACAUUCCAAAUCUGCCUCCCUCCUCCGCCGCCUCCUUCUCUGUCUCACCUACGUACUCAAUGACUGUAAUAAUCUCCAUCAUGUCCAGCUUUGCCAUAUUUGUGCUUCUUACCAUAACUACUCUUUAUUGCUGCCGAAGACGAAAACAAUGGAAAAAUAAGAAAAGAGAAUCAGCAGCAGUAACCCUCACGACUCUUCCUUCCGAGCUCUUGCUAGACAGACUUCAUCCCAACCCCAUGUACCAGAGGAUGCCACUCCUUCUGAAUCCCAAAUUGCUCAGCUUGGAGUACCCAAGGAAUAACAUUGAGUACGUGAGAGAUAUUGGAGAGGGAGCAUUUGGAAGGGUCUUCCAAGCAAGGGCUCCGGGUUUACUCCCCUGUGAACCUUUCACUAUGGUAGCCGUGAAGAUGCUCAAAGAGGAAGCCUCAGCAGACAUGCAGGCAGACUUCCAGAGGGAGGCAGCCCUCAUGGCAGAAUUCGAUAACCCUAACAUCGUGAAACUCUUAGGCGUGUGCGCUGUGGGGAAGCCCAUGUGCCUGCUCUUCGAGUACAUGGCCUACGGUGACCUCAACGCGUUCCUCCGCGGCGCGUCCCCGCACAGCGCGCGCAGCCUCAGCGACGGCGACCUGUUGGCGGGGGCUCAGGCGGCCGGCCCCGCGCCCCCACCCCUCUCCUGCGCCGAGCAGCUCUGCAUGGCCAGGCAGGUGGCCGCAGGCAUGGCCUACCUCUCAGAGCGCAAGUUUGUCCACCGGGAUUUAGCCACUAGGAACUGCCUGGUGGGUGAGAACAUGGUGGUGAAAAUUGCCGACUUCGGCCUGUCCAGGAACAUCUACUCCGCUGACUACUACAAAGCUAACGAGAACGACGCGAUCCCCAUCCGCUGGAUGCCCCCCGAGGCCAUUUUCUACAACCGCUACACCACGGAGUCUGACGUGUGGGCCUACGGCGUGGUCCUCUGGGAGAUCUUCUCCUACGGCCUGCAGCCAUACUAUGGGAUGGCCCACGAGGAGGUCAUAUACUAUGUGCGCGAUGGCAACAUCCUCUCCUGCCCCGAGAAUUGCCCCCUGGAGCUGUACAAUCUCAUGCGCCUGUGCUGGAGCAAGCUGCCUGCGGACAGACCCAGUUUCGCCAGCAUUCACCGAAUUCUGGAGCGCAUGUGUGAGCGGGCCGAGGGGACCGCGAGCGGCUGAGGUCUGGGGUGUGCGAAGAAGAGCCUGCAGUCUCCUCUCAGACUCCGGGAGCUGGAGGAGUCCAACGCCCGAGGUCCGACAGACCCGGGGAGGACAGAAUAGUAGUGCACCCAUGAGUGGCACGUUGUUUUUCUCUGAAAAAAGAGAGACGGUGCAGAGCCCAGACCGACCUGUUCCAAGUCGAUGAUUGGAAAGGAAGGCUGGGCACUGUGCCAGAUAACAAGAGACGACUCCUCCUCCUCACGGGGAAAGUUUGUACCACACAGUCUACGGGAAAUAAUGCCAUCCUGUUCGGUUCCUGAAUUAGCUGGCAGCACAGUGAGGCUCUGCUCUAUUACAUUUUAAUGUGAAAUGUGAUACAGAACUUCAUUUUUAAUGCAGUUCAUUCCCAUCCAUUAUGAAAGUAGUGUAUCUUCCUGUAAUAAAUUAAGGUAAAGCCCCCAAAUUGUUCAUUGUCUCCCAGCUCAAAGACGGGUGUUAGUUUUUAAUUGAAUUUCUUUCUCGCAUUUAUGUUUGUGUUCUACAGAGUUGUGGUUCUACUUUAUUGACAGGGAGUUUCUAAGGAAUAAAAUGACCCAUCAACAAGGCUAUAUUCCGAUUGUGAUUUUUAAACUCCCAUUUCUGUCUUUGGCUUAUACGCCUUUAGAAGUUUACCCUGUGUGUGCACUUGCAUAAACUUAAUCUGCUUAUUCUUAAAAAGAUUUUUUCUGAAAAAAGUUUUCAUGUCUUACAAGUUUACCUUUACCUUUGAAAUUUGUACCGGUAUCUCUUCCAUUGCUUUUAUUUUGUUUCUUCCUCUUUAUAGAACUUUCUCUCCUUUUUUGGUUAUUUAGUUUUUUUUUCUUUUUAUCUCAUAUAUACAGUAAACACUGUGGCAGAAAUAAAAACUUUUCAAAUAGCGUUAUAGAUUGAUAACAAAGAACUACCGUUUUCUUCUAUAGUUGCUUUGGAAGCCACACAUUUCACAUUUGCCAUCCACUAAUGUUUUCGCCACAGUCUACUAAUCUCUUAGACCAGAGUUUAUAAUAUGUGAUUUCACAAGAUGUUCUUGUGGCCCCGAGUUAUUUCAAACUUGAUGUUUCUGUGCAUUCUGACAUUUUUUUUCCUUCUAGAAAUAAAUUUGAUAUGCAGCAGAAUUAGCAUAGUGUUGCAAACCAACUUUCUGCAUGACUGUUAACCUCUCUUAUUACAUUUUACAAUUUUUUUAAAAACCCUCUGGAACUCAGAUACCUAGUGCACAAGAUUUCUCUGUGGUGCCCACAUGAUAUAUCUUUAUCUAAGGCCAAUGUGAAUAAUGAGAGUUUAUUUCUGACCCAGUAUGAACCCAAACUCUCCUGAAAAGCAAAUAAACAGGGAAGA